AUGUCUUUUAAAGGAAAGUCAGUGAUUGUGACCGGAUCGAGCUCGGGCAUUGGCCAAGAAUGUGCAUUGUUGUUCGCUGAGGAAGGAGCUUAUGUUACUGUGCAUGGACAGUCGCUUGAGGGGAUUAAUGUGAGUAAAAAGCCAUUUUGUAUUUUGUAAAGAAAGUUCUUGCUAUUUUUAGUUUUGUAAAGAAAGUUCUUGCUAUUUUUAGUUUUGUAAAGAAAGUUCUUGCCUUUUUAUGUUUUGUAAAGAAAGUUUUAGACAUUUUUUGCUUUGUAAAGAAAGUUCUUGCCAUUUUCAGGAGACCAUAGCAUUGCUAAAAGAAGCCGGCAUCAAGGAGACCCAUUAUCAGUACGUACAAGGUCCAAUUCAAGACGAAAAGAUUCAAGAUGAGCUGUUUGACAAAACGGUCGAAAAGUUUGCCAAAGUUGACAUUCUGGUCAAUAAUGCCGGUUUAUGUCAAGGGCCUGGCCUUGAACAGGAAUCGCUUGAAAACUUUGACUAUGUCAUGGAUGUUAAUCUUAGAAGGUAAGUUUUUUGGGUUGGAAAGGCAGUUUUUUGUUUUUUUACCUUACCCUACUUAUCCUACUUUACCCUAACUUACCCUAACUUAUUCUACCCUACCUAUAGUAAAACUGUUUUAAAAACUACUUUUUAGUAUAAUAUCGAUGACAAGAAAAGCCAUCAACCAUCUCGAAAUAACUCAUGGCAACAUUGUCAAUGUCAGUUCGAUUGCUUCGAAAAUGUGUUUCCCGCCUUCUCAACAUUACUGUGCCAGUAAAUCAGCGUUGAAUAACUACACCAAGAACUCGGCUUUACAGUAUGCUCACAAGCAUGUCAGAAUAAAUGCUGUUAGGUAGGUAUAUGAUCUUUAUGAGAUUGAACUAAACCUAGCGUUAGGGUUUUGGGAUAAGGUUGUGGACUAGGGUUCUAGACUAGAGUUUUGGGCUAAGACUCUAGGCUAGGGCUUUAGCUAUGGCUUUGAACUAAGGCUUGGGUUAGGGUUUUGAGCUAGGGCUCUGGGCUAAGGCUCUGGGCUGGUGCUAAGGCUUUGGGCUAGGGAUUUAGACUAAGGCUUUGAUUUUAGCCCAGGCUCAAUCUACACCAAAUUCCGUCUCCGUCACGCUGAUAAUAAGGAAGAAGUUGAUCAAAUGUAUGAAAACCGACACGAUUGGAUCCCAUUGAGACGUACUGGAACGGUCAGAGAAGUUGCCAAUGUUAUUGCGUUUUUGGCUUCAAAUAAAGCAUCUUAUGUCACUGGCUCUAACUAUGUUGUAGACGGUGGAGCUUUGGCUGGAAAGCCUUUUGAGCCUGUAUAUGAAUAA